AUGGGCAUGUAUGGUGGAGGUGAUGAAGGGAAGGUGUUUGUGAAGAAAUCUGAUAUUUGUAGAAGGGGAAAAGAAAAUCCUCUGCACCGGUUGCUGGCCACCGUCUCCGCCACCGAAAUCAGCCGCCGGGAGCCCUGGUCCAAGGCGUCGCCAACGACGCCGUUUUCCGCUAGAGAUAUCGCCAUCCACCGCACAGGUUCUCCCAUUUCUUUCUCUCGUGCGAGAGACCUUCUGGUUUGGGAACGCCGCCGGUCGUUCGUCGCCGCAAGGGUUCCCUCCUCUCGUUCUCUUCUUCGCACAACAAUUCCGACUGACUCCGGCCACACCUCCGUCGCGUCGCCGCUGCCGACGAACCAGCAACACCAAGCUCUCUCUUCUCCAUAUAGCCACCACCGAUCCUACAAUUGGAAGCAAAACUCAAAACCACCAUUGACAAAGCCACUGAGUUUAUUGCCCUGUUUCGCCUUUCAAUCUUGGUCUCCUUAUCGACUAUUCUUUACUGAUUUGGAUUUGAUUUUGUAUGGAAUCAGUGCGUGGGAGAAAGGUAAUGAAGGUAUGUUUUGCCUGAGGUGUUGUUUGAUUUUCUUUCCAUGGUUGUUGAUUCGGAGGAUGAUGGAAAAUGAAGAUGGGGAAUAUAAGUUAUGCUGUAGGAAAGGGGAAGGUAGCAGUCGUGACUGUCUGUUUAGUGGUGUUGCCGGAGAUAGUAAAGUGGACGAAGACCCGAUGGUUUUGAUAUUGAUGAUGAGAGAAGUGUUUUUCGGUGAGAGCUGAUGGAGGAAAUUGAACCGUGCUUGAUUGAUUCCUCUCUUGUGCCUCUGUUUUUUUUCUUUUUUUUUUUGUUUAUGGUUUGGGAAUAAAAUGUAGAGUGAUGGUGAUGGGAAACAUGGUGGAGGCCGAGGUUAGGAAGGAGGCAAAGAUGUGGUGAAUUGGUAAUUCUGUUGAGUUCAUCCUUUUUCUCUUUUUUUUCUUUGUAUUUCUGUGAUGGAAGAAAUUAAUCAAGGGUGGAUGAUGAUGAUGGGAUCAAGGGCGAGAGAGAUGAUGGAUUCUGUUGGAGGAAAAUGAAUUUUGAAUGAAGGAAUUGGUUUCUGAGAGUCUUUCUCUCGAGUCAAUGGAGGAAUGAAUGGAUUGAGGUAAUUUUUUCUUGAGCAUAGCAGAGGGAUCGAGCCAAAAAGGGUGGUGUCGUGUGUGUCAUCAAUUCUGUUGGGUCCUGAGGUGUAGUGAGGGUGAUGGCAUUUGGCUAGCGUGAAGAAGCGUGGUGUGGCAUGAGUGAUGAUUCUGUUAAGGUGGAGGAUGGAUUGAGAAUUGGUGAGUCCGAGAGGAAUUGUUUGUUGUGCCUCUUCCGUCCAUCAACAUUCUGUUUUUUUUUUUUGCCUCUCACGAAUAGAUCACGUUGCCCUUUUCUUCUUUUUCUUUUAUUUUUAUUUUUUCAUUC